GGGAAAGGAAGGGAGGCAGAAACACUCACUCACUUACAGAGAGCAGGAGACAGAAAAGCAACCAGGCAGAGAGAAGGAGAGACGGAGCUGGCGGAGUGGUGGCCUUGCAUAACACUUGCUGGAGCAGCCUUUCACGCUGGUCUUGGUGGGGUCUGCAGCACUGACGAACUUCCUUUACCAACAGCCCUUGUUGCAAGAGGCGCAACAGCCCAUAAGCCAAAAUUUAGAGAUCUCCACCAGAGAGCUGCACAAAGGACAGAAUCAGGAAGAAGAAUCCUAGGAGACGUAGACGCAGACUGACACUGACUGGAAGAAUCCUUGGACAUGAUCUGCAGGCAGUGGCUGUGGACAGACUGAUUUUUUUCGAGACCGUGGAAGAGGCAGAUUGAUCAAAGAUGAUUCCUCAUGAAGUUUGCGGAACACAUUUUCAGAACUGGAGGGACUUCAUCUUCUUUGGUGUGGCAGCUGAAGUUGUCCAUUUGUAACAACAUAAAGAGUCAGAGCCACAGAGAACUCUUGGAAGCCCCAGAAAAAUACCACUGAGAAAAUAUUCUCAUAGGGAAAGACCUUAGUACAUAGGAACAUUAAGACUUGUUGGGCACAAUGAAAGCCAAUCAAGAGCGGAGUAAUGGAUGUCUGCCUCCCAAGAAACGUGAGAUCCUGGCAAUGGAGCAGAGGCCAGUAGUAGUAGCCGCUGCUACUCCUCCUGCUGUGGUGCCGACUGAUAGUACCCACACAGAAAACUUAGCAUGGCUUGCAAGUGUGGCCAGUGAACGCUGCAAGUCCAGAGAAACAGAAAGUCCAAGAUGUCCUGUUCCCUCAACUUCUUCUUCUUCUCCUACCACGUCUAUCCCCUCCCCAGCAACUCCCAUUUCGGCUGUGCCCCUGGCCUCUCUGCCAGCAGUUUAUCCAGCUACCCUUCCCCAACAGCCUGGGACAAUCCAGUUUGCUCAACUGGGACCAAACGUGCAAUUCAUCAGCUCUGGGCCCUAUGCUGGCUAUAUUUCCUCCCAUAUCAUUCCAGCUAAUGCUAGUUCUGCCCCUAACAGCUCUGCAUUAGUAGGACAGCGCACCCAGAUAGAUGGCUACACCACUGCCCUAAUAUCUCCCAACACCAAAGGAGAACAGCAGUUUCAAAUUGGACUCUCUCCUACAGAAUUGGCUCCAGUUACACUUCCAGGUUCCCCCCAAGUAACUAAUCAGUACAUCCAUCUGGACAGCAGAGCACCAUUGACUGUAAGCGGAAAUGCUGUAGCAUCAUCUACAGGUCACCUUCAGCUACACCCUCAUGCAGCUGUCCUCCCACCAACUCUUACACUUGCCCCAUCGCAGCUUCUGGUUCAGUAUGCAGAUGGUUCAGCUUCAAAGAAACCAGAAGGCCAUGUUAAGGGUGUACUGAAUGGAGAAGUGGAAGUAGUCAAACAAGCCAAAGUUUCAGGAGCCAACCAUCAGCCCAUACAGAGCUAUGAGGCCAGGCAUAUCCUCCUACCUGCUGACUAUGGCCAAAACCCUACAGGUUUGCAGACCUCCUUGGUGCUUGUUGCCCAGCCAAACCAUGGAGUGGAACAUGAAGCUGGCUCAAAUAAAAUUUCCUUGGUCCAAACAGAGAAAGGAAGCAUCUGUUUUGGGAAGCCUGUAUCCAGGGCCUCUUCUUUCACUUCACUUUCUUCCUCAGAGGUGGUCAAGUCUGUUGCUCCUCAUGCUGUCAUUCAGACCAGUCUGCCUGCCGAGGAACUGCCAGCCAGUCUCUACUCGUCCACCCAGCCUCCUAUCAUUGGCUACAUUACCAGUGCAAACCAGCACACUGUUAGUUACCAUGCAGCACUGCCUCAGCACCUGGUCAUCCCAAGUGGCCAGUCCCUCCUCAUACCAGUCAGCAGUGCCAACAAUGGCACAGAAAUAGAGGUCAGUCGCACUGUCAGUGCUCUUACUGCCACUACUACCCCUCAAAUAUCCACUGCCAUGCCACAUGCCUACUUGGCAACAGCUUUGUCCAAAUGUGAAGCUCUUGGCCCAGACGUAAAUCAACCCCCUACUGUCAAACCACAGGCCACAGCCUUACCAUCACUGCCCACAAACCCAGUCGCCACAGUGGUUGCAGCUCCUUCCCAAACUCCCACUUCUGUUCCUACUCCUUCCCCGGCUUCAAUCCAAGCCUCCCCCUCCAUCUCUUCCCCAUCUUCUCCCGUGGCUCUUCCACCAUUCUUUAUGCGAGGAUCUAUCAUCCAGCUAGCUGAUGGGGAAUUAAAGCGUGUAGAGGACCUCAAGACAGAAGACUUUAUUCAGAGCGCUGAGAUCAGCAGUGAACUAAAGAUAGACUCCAGCACUGUGGAGCGCAUAGACAGUGGUCAAAGUCCCAAUGCAGUGCUCAUUCAGUUUUCAGUAGGGGAGCUCAAAGCCCAGGUGUGUGUCGAGGUGCUGGUGGAGUAUCCGUUCUUUGUUUUCGGCCAGGGCUGGUCAUCUUGCUGUCCUGACAGAACCACACAACUGUUUGAGUUGUCAUGUGCCAAGCUUUGCGUCGGUGACGUCUGUGUGUCCUUGACCCUACGCAGUUUAAGGAAUGGCUCCCUGACAGACUGUCAGGCUUUGGGAACCAAGCUGAAAAUGGGUUCACUCUCUGACCCACCCCACUGCAUUGAUCCCAAUAUGACAGACACUAUAAAUCCCAACCCUCCGGGCAGUAAUGGUACUCUCCUCAUGAAGGCUUCCACUGCCAACAGGGUGGAGAGACUGAACAUUUCUGGAUCUGGAGAUGGAGAAACUAUUCGGCUGGUACCAUCUCCAGAAAGGGUGGAGGGGAUGUACAAAGGUGCAUCAGUGGUGGCAGGUUCUGGGAGGAGAGAAAUAAGACAAGAUUCAAUAAAAACAGACAUAUCCGCACUCUCUAAACCACAGUGCAAUGAUCCAGAGAGACCUUUUGUUCGCAAGAGACGCUGGUCGGCUCCGGAGCGAGACCAGACUGAGAAAGCUGAAGAGGAACCUCCUGUGACUCUGCCUAAGCCCUCUUUUUUACCACAUGAGGUGAAAAUCAGCAUAGAGGGCCACUCGAGUGCUGGGAGUGAAAGAUGUUUGAAGAAAAGAGUUGACUGUUAGGAGAACUUUGAAGUACCCGUUAUUUGCUUUGUGUCCAGCCUCUCUUUUUUCACUCAAUCCUGACUACUGUAAUAUAGAGUUUUUUACAGGAUUUACAUGUUUUCUUUCAAACAAGGAAGAAGUAAAGUAGAGCACCUUGAUGUGGUAAGACGCAAGAUGAGUGCAAUUUCUGCUGAAAGCAACAAUGAAUGCAAAUGAAAUGUUGAUCAUGAACGGGGAACGUCUGUUGUAGGACGGAAUAAUGCGGGACCGAAAUGAGUUUUCUUACAAAAUAAUAAAGCACAGGACGUUGUGUUUAAAGGGGUGUGUUGAGGCAUAAGUGGAAGGUCGAGUAAGAGAUGUUUGGUGUUUUAAUGACAAUGGUUUUUGUCUCAGUCUGAAUCGAGAUUUGUAUUUUCAUCUAUAAUUUUCACACCAUCAUGAUAGCGGGUGGCCUUAUUCCUCUAUAUGAUUGUGUGUUUGCCUGUUCACAUGUAUGCUUGUUUUGUUCUUGCUGUCAAAUGGAGCACAGGAUGUGAGAUGAUACUGUUAGCUGCAAAAUUGUUCAAGUUGUGAAAUUCAUGACUAAGAAGGCUUGAAUGUAAUCCCCUAAAUAGUGACUCACCAAGUCAUGCAUGUGCUGUUUGUUACAACCCGAUUUGUAAAAUGAGAAUAUCGCUCUGAGUGUGAUGCAAUACUAUCGCAACAGGCUGGUUUUAACAGUUAUAUGUAGAUACAUCCCUACAGUAUUUCCACUAAAUACCAAUAAAUGAGUUCAGUUACAGCUAUAUGAACAUUUUACAGGGAUAUGAAAUAUGGCUUACUAACUUGACUAAAUGUUUCCUGAGCACAUACAACUGCUUACAAUGGGCUAUUCUGCAGUCCAAUGCAUCUCUACCAGUGUGUUUAUGUUUUGAUACAACUAAAUAAAUUAAAACGAUAAAAAAGUAGACUAAAGCAGCCCUGAAGUACAAUAUAUUGUGGGGUCUGGUUUCUUCACACCGCUCCUAUGGCAUUAUGUUUAUUAUCAUGGAUAGAUGAACUGUUUGAAAGUAAUGUCCCAUGACUCUUAACCAUUAUAGAACAACUUUAUGUUGCACUGGAGAGCCUUAGCUCAGCAUUCAUAUAAUUCAGCUCACUUUUAUUAUAAUAGUCUAGGGCAAUUUGUAUCAUAAAAAAAUGGCUGAUGUUAUAAAAUAACCUAAGAACAACCAUUUUGACCUUGAAGAAAUAAUGGAACAGUCAUAUCCCUACUUAAACACUUGAAAUAAUAACAUCAAGCCAUCUUUGGCUUUAAAACUGAGGAAAAUGUAAUCAAUACUGACCACCAAUCUUUGUUAUAGUUGAGCAGGGAUUUAGCACUUUAAAUAAAUAGAAAUUUUACACCUUAUAAAUAAAACACCUGCAAAUAUAGCAUAUUCUAUAGAUACCUGUUCUGAAAAAAAAUUGUAUUUGAAAAAAGGUCUUGCUUGUGUCUUUGCCUCCUGUUUACAUAAACCAGGAUUAUACUGCAGCCCAUAUGCCUCAGAAGUCAGAACUCAAAUCUGGUAAUAAAGGUGUACUAAGCAUAACCAUGUUCCAAUUUUAGAUAUUUCUGUGAUUAGCUAGUUUUUAUAAGUUUGUUUUUGUUUUGUUUUUUUGAAAAGAAGCUAGAAAAAAAUCUGACUGCUGCCUACAAAAUAAAAUAAAGCAUUAAUAUUCAAAGCGCUGCAGAAUUUUAGUAAAGGUAGGUGUAAAACUGGCAAAAGUCGUUGCUGCAAGAGUAAGGCAAUCAGUGGGUCAGAAAUCGGGCAACAAAAAAUAAGCCUUUAAACAAGCUGACAUUUUGCUAGUUGGGUUUGCACCCGGAUGGACCACAAGUCUAAAACAAUUUUACAGCAUUUAAUGUGUUAUUCAUUUAGUCACAGUGGCAAACUUUUUAAUAGCAGAGGUUAGUAUAAGUUAUAUUAGAUCAAGUUAGCAAAUAAUAUGAGCAGUGCAAAAAAUUGCAAAAAAAAAAACGUUUGGCUAAUAACGCAAAUCUUGUAAUGAUAAAAUGAGAAAUGAUGUUAAUAUUUAUAUCCAUUUAUCUGCUAAUGAAAUUCAGCUUGAAACUCCAAAUAGUGGUCAAGGUAAAUAUUAAUUGGACUGCUUAUUUCCUAAUUUCCAUAUCAUGUGGAAACUUCAUAGAAAGAUAAAUAUUGUAUUAAGUGAAUUGAGGACAUUUCUUUAAUGGGUUCAGUUGCUGUCUCUAUUAAGCUCUAAAAAGGUUAAAAUGUACUUCAUUUGGUGAUUUUAACUGGAGAAAAAGAUGCUGCUGCUAUAGUUUGUUCUAACCAAAAAAUGACAUCAAAGAAAAGCAGUGUGUGCUACCUAAAAAAAGACAAAGAUUUCAGCAUUUUGGGCGACUAAUCUCAUUGGUACCUCUUUAACAAACACCAAGGCUUUGAUAUUUAGCAUGCAUGAAGUUUACAGCAGUACAGUGGGUUUUACAUUGAGAUUUUAACAUCAAUUUGCCUUUCUCAGGUCGACACCUGAUAUAUGCUAGAGCAAUGGCGUUGUGAUCUAAACACCAAACUUUCCUUGUUUCCAUUUUAGAAGAAAAAAAAAGAUUCAUACUACAUUCAUACUCAGGAAGGGGACGUAGUUAACAGAUUGUAUUUGAGCUAUGUAUGUGUGUGUGUAAGUGAAGGCCUGAGAUAGUAUUUCCAUGUCAUCAGUCACGUGUAUGUGUGUGGAUCGAUGUUUAUGUGUGUUGAAAAGCAGCACUUUGAUGGAACAUGCAGUUGGAACUUGAUGGCAAUGGUGAACCUCUCUCACAGUUUUUAGAUAUAAUGAUAUGAGACUGUUUCUUAUCACUGUUUUGCAGGUUUAUCACAGAGAGAAACCAAUAUAGAAUGUAAACAGACAUGAAACAAACUUUAUUUUUCUGAGGAUUUAUAGAGCUACUAUUAAGCGAAAGGCAGAGAUGCUAUAGAGCAAGCUAGUCAUGUACAGUGAAAUUGUAUCUUAGAGAGUGUACAGAGUGUAAUCUAACCUUUUAAUGUACUGUAUGUGCCACAACGCCUCCUUCUUCAAUCAUUCCAUUGACUCACUGAUACCUACAACUUCUGCUCUUGUUUGUUUCAACUCUGGUAUUGAUCAAAUGUUCAUGAAUGUGGGAACAACACUACGGUGGGCCUCCUCAGAGUUUAGUUGGUGUGAAAAAUGGAUUGCAGUUUUAUCCUAAUAGCCAUUUAACUCCUAUGGGAGGGGUUUAUUGUAUACCCAGAAAUCAGACUGUUCUGUUUGUGUGUGACUGCUCAGGCUAUAUAUAUAUAUAUAUAUAUAU